AUGCCCUUUGUUGUCUCUCAAUCCCUCCCCUCUCCCCUCCCCGAAGUGCCCAAGGCUCGGAUCGUGGGAGGUCCGGAUCUGCACGUGGAAGCCGGAUCCGCACUGAACCUGACGUGCAGCAUCAGCGAAAGCCCAGAGGCCCCGGCGUUCGUCUUCUGGUACCACCAGGGCCGCCUGGUGAACUUCGAGCGCGGCGGCCGCGUCGUGGUCGCCAAGGGCCGCAACGGCUCGGCCGUGUCCAGGCUCCUGCUGCCGGCCGUCCAGGCCGCGGACUCCGGCAACUACACGUGCAACCCGGCCAACGCCAACGCCACCUGGGUGCUGGUGCACGUCCUGGAGAGCCAUCGGCGACUAGCGGCAGUCCAAAACGACGCCGGGGGCAUGGCCCUCACCUCGGACGUGGGCCCUGCCGGGAGCUCCUGGAGGGCGCUGUUCGCCUGCACGCUGGUGUCUCUGACGGCGUCGUGUCGGAUGUCGGCGCCGCCGCACAGGUGA